CCAAGCAAUCCGUACGAUAGCAGCGUUCCUCCUAUGGCUGUUGCAAACCAACCAACCGAUAACAAGCCACCUGGAAAGGGACAGGAGAUGGGUAAGAAGUUUGGCAAGAAGUUGGGCAAUGCUGCUAUCUUCGGUGCAGGUGCAACGAUUGGCGGUAAUAUUGUCAACUCCAUCUUCUGAUUAUGUUGGUCCCCUUACGAUGUCAUGGCUCUUUCAGCUGCAUAGGGAAUACUGGAGUCUGGAGCGCUUUCAAUUUUUUUAGUUGGUGCAUUGAAGGGGUGGUGGUUUCUCGAUGCACGCGAGUGACCACUUCGGUCAUCUCACAGGAUUACAAAUUGAGUCGAUGCCUCUUAGGUGACAUUCCCUCGUGGUCUAGUAGUGAGACUUCUUCUAAAAGACUCCACUUGCUUGAGCGAGCCACUGCUGUGACAUCGAAGACAUGCCAGAGAGUUGGAUUUUUUUUGGGUCCCAGGGCAUUACAAUUAUUCCCGAGCUCUCCAAUAGCGUCCCUGCUCAUCAUUCCCCUUUCUACCAAUCACGUGAAGAUACACCAACAGCACCCCUGUCGAUAUCAUUCACAUUUCCAAAUCUCUACGUCAGCUUCCGAGUGUUACAGCCCCGCAUUCAACCCCUCCUUCCUCCAUAUCUCCCGACUUCCACGCGCCUUGCCUCACUUUUUACAUCCACAUGCAAGCACGACUGCUCUGCAUUUCAACCCCACUAUUUCAGCGAUCAAUUGCUCGCUCAAUUUCAACUCAGUUAAAACCUCAAUCCCAUAUACAACCAAUAAUCAACAAACGGAAGUACACCAUGGCUCAAGCUAUGCACGGUCAUAGCGCAGCUUGCUGCAACAUCCCCCCGAUCAUCUCGAAGGGUUAUGAGCCUAAGGGUAGAUACGAGACAAUUGGAGGCUUGAAGACUUACGUCACCGGCCCAGCCAAUGCCCCUAAAGCCAUCCUCUACAUCUAUGAUAUUUUCGGUUACUUCCCUCAAUCACUCCAAGGAGCUGACAUCCUCUCCACCUCGGACAAGGAUAACCAGUAUCUGGUCUUCAUGCCCGAUUGGUUUGAAGGCAAGCCAGCUGAUAUCU